UCCCCCCGAGAAGGGUCACCCACCUCCUUUGCUCACUGCCAUGAGGAAUACCAACCAGCUCUUCUUCUUUGCGGUGAUCGCCUCUUGCAUCCACGGAAGUGACAUGGCAGAUGCUGAAGAGAGGCUGAUGAACCACCUCCUGAACAGCUCGCGCUAUAACAACUUAAUUCGUCCGGCCUUCAACUCCUCACAGUUGGUGGUGAUAGAACUGCAAGUGUCGUUAGCUCAGCUUAUAAAUGUGAAUGAGCGUGAACAGAUCAUGACCACCAACGUCUGGCUUAAUCAGGAAUGGACUGACUACCGUUUGGCUUGGGAACCUUCAGACUACGAAGGCAUAAAUAAACUAAGGAUACCCGCUAAAAAAGUCUGGCUACCUGACAUAGUGCUUUACAAUAACGCCGAUGGCACGUAUGAAGUGUCCGUGUACACGAACGUGAUUGUGAAGAACAACGGAAGCAUCUUCUGGCUGCCUCCAGCCAUCUACAAGAGCGCCUGCAAGAUCGAAGUGAAACACUUCCCCUUCGACCAACAGAACUGCACCUUGAAGUUCCGGUCGUGGACUUACGACCACACGGAAAUCGACAUGGUCCUCAAGACCGGCACGGCCAGCAUGGACGACUUCACGCCGAGCGGCGAAUGGGAUAUCGUGGCGCUCCCGGGGCGAAGAACUGUGAAUGCCUUGGAUCCCAAUUACGUGGACGUGACCUAUGACUUUAUCAUUAAGAGAAAGCCGCUCUUUUAUACUAUUAACCUCAUAAUACCGUGCGUGCUUAUAACAUCCUUAGCCAUCCUGGUGUUCUACCUCCCUUCAGACUGUGGAGAGAAAAUGACCUUGUGCAUCUCAGUUUUGCUCGCCUUGACUGUGUUCUUGCUGCUGAUUUCCAAAAUUGUGCCCCCGACGUCGCUAGAUGUCCCGCUGAUAGGGAAAUACCUGAUGUUUACAAUGGUCCUCGUGACAUUCUCGAUUGUCACCAGCGUCUGCGUGCUGAACGUCCACCACAGGUCCCCCAGCACUCAUGCCAUGCCGCCGUGGGUGAAAGUGGUCUUCCUCGAGAAGCUUCCAAACUUCCUGUUCAUGCAGCGCCCGGAGAACCACUCAGCGAGGCAAAGGUUGUACAAUCGGAAGAAAAUGAAGACCGAGUCCGUCUGCACCGACCUGUCUGACCUUUACAAGGGCUCGACCUAUUUUGUGAACACAGCCUCGGCCAAAAAAUAUGACUUGAAACUUGUGGAAAGUCCCGACAACACCGGCAGCCGUCAGGACGUCCGGCUGAGAUCUUCAGCCAAGUUCUCUCCUGAAGUUCAAGAAGCCAUCGAGGGAGUCAGUUUCAUAGCCGACCACAUGAGAAGCGAGGACAACAACGAGAGCGUCGUUGAAGACUGGAAAUAUGUUGCCAUGGUAGUGGACAGACUGUUUCUCUGGGUGUUUGUCUUUGUUUGCAUUCUAGGGACUGUCGGCCUAUUCCUCCAGCCCCUUUUCCAAAACCACACCAUUCCCAUGGACCCGUAAAGAUGGCUGACUCCAACGAUGACCUCAGUGGUUUUAACUCACUCGGCGGGUUAUGCUCUGA